GGGGCGGUGGCAGCCAGUCAGCGCGGCGGGGGUACUCGGGCGGGGUUUCCCGGCCAGGUGCUCGGCAUCUGGACCGAGUGUGCCGGCGGCGCGGCGGGGAGCGGAGCCGGCAUGGUGCAGCGGGAGAGCGGCGGGGCGCCGAAGCCCCGCGAGGACGGGCGUGGGGUGGAGGUUGCCGCCGAGGUUCGAGUGUCCCGGCGGCGCUGGGCCGUGGUGCUGCUCUUCAGCAGCUACUCCCUGUGCAAUGCCUUCCAGUGGAUCCAGUACGGCAGCAUCAACAACGUCUUCAUGCGCUUCUACGGUGCGAGCGCCUUUGCCAUCGACUGGCUGUCCAUGAGCUACAUGCUCACUUACAUCCCGCUGCUCUUCCCCGUGGCCUGGCUGCUGGACAAGAAGGGGCUGCGCCUCAUUGCCCUGCUGGGCUCGGCCCUCAACGCACUGGGCGCCUGGGUGAAGCUGGGCAGCCUCCGGCCGCAGCUCUUCUCCGUCACCGUGCUAGGGCAGGUGGUCUGCUCCCUAGCGCAGGUCUUUAUCCUGGGCAUGCCCUCACGCAUCGCCUCCGUCUGGUUCAGUUCCCGUGAGGUGUCCACCGCCUGUUCCAUUGCUGUCUUCGGGAACCAGCUCGGCAUUGCUCUUGGCUUUCUGAUCCCUCCAGUGCUCGUUCCCAAUGUGGAAGAUGUGGAGAAGCUGGCUUACCACAUAAGCAUCAUGUUCUUCAUGACAGCAGGCGUGGCAACAGCCCUCUUCAUCCUGGUCGUCAUAGUCUUCAGAGAGAAGCCCCCAUACCCUCCGAGCCGAGCUCAGGCCCUGAUCCAGUCUCAGCCAACAGAGGAAUAUUCCUACGUGCAAUCAAUCCUGCGCCUGCUUCGCAAUGCCAACUUUGUGCUGCUUAUGGUCACUUACGGUCUGAAUACAGGUUGCUUCUACUCCCUGUCCACUCUGCUGAACCGCGUGGUGAUCCAUCACUACCCAAGGGAGGAGGUGAAUGCUGGCAGGAUUGGACUCACCAUUGUACUGUCGGGAAUGGCUGGUGCUCUUAUCUCCGGCCUCUGGUUGGACAGAACCAAAACCUACAAACAGACAACACUAGUGGUCUAUAUCAUGUCUCUGGUGGGGAUGAUAGUCUACACUUUCACUCUGAACCUAGGCCACCUCUGGGUGGUCUUUGUGACUGCCGGCAUUCUGGGAUUUUUCAUGACAGGGUACCUUCCCCUGGGCUUUGAGUUUGCUGCGGAGUUGACAUACCCAGAAUCAGAAGGAACAUCAUCAGGACUCCUUAAUGUCUCAGCGCAGAUCUUUGGUAUUGCCUUCACCAUCAGCCAAGGGCAGAUCAUAGAUCACUUUGGGACAAAGGCAGGAAACCUCUUUCUUUGUUCCUUCCUAUUCCUGGGGUCCAUUAUGACAGCAUUCAUUAAAGCUGAUCUCCGAAGACAGCAGGCCAAUGUGGAAAAUGAACAUACAGUGAGUAAAUCCCCCUUCAAUCUCUGCUGUGCACCUGCUAUUGGCUCAGGACAAAUCUCUGCCUCUCCCCCUUCCAGGAAUGGAGCUGGCCCCUUUCUGAGUUACAAUUGUAGCUGUGAUUCUAUUUUCUUGUCCCACCACUUGCCCGGCCUGCAGGGAAGCUCCUUGUUGGCAUGUUCAGACAGGUGGCUGUGAUCUCAGUUUUGCCAGCUGCUGAGAGCCUCUGUUGGCUUACUUCUAAUGUUCUGCAGACUCUGUAGGCUCUGAUAUUCUGGGAUUCUCAUGAGGUUUGCAUGUGUUGUUCUCAGCUAAAGACAGCUGUGGGACAGAGCUGUGCUGGCUUCUCUCCUCUAACCAUACUUUUGCUUUGUUUAGAGCUGAGUAACUAUUCUUCCAGUUCCCUAGAGAGGCAGGUUGUUCUUUGUAUUCCCUGUCUUUAGCUGCAAAGCGGGGUUCUUUGCUCAGGACAGAAGGAAAGUGAAUGGCAAAACCCAAAUCAGGGCUUGAGCAGUGUAGCCCCUUACACUUCAUGUGGUGCUGUAGGCAAGGUUUCUAGCUUGUGUCAGAAGUCAGGGUAGAAGGUCCCUGUGGUGUAAGGUUGCAAUCAUUGAAACUGCACGCGGGAGAGGGCCUCCAGUGAAUGAACUGCAGUGGAUACCCUCAGAAGUUCUCCCUGCAGGGAAAGGGAGAGGAUUAGUGGUUUCUUGGGGCACUUGUCUUUAAUGCUCUGGGCUCCUCUUCUAGGACGUUAGCAGAGAUGUCCAUUCAGCAUUCUUGAAGCCAUCAGCGACCAUGUCUAGGAAAGUGAAUAAGAUCAGUUCUCUGCUGGCUCAAGUCAGAUUUUUUCAGAAGAUGAUGUUGCCUUUCUCCAGUUAAUCUAGCCAGUCCAGUCUGGAGAAGAGACCAAAAGGUCCAAGAAGCAGCCCUUCUCCAACCAGCUGCUCAUGAAGGUGGAUUUUCAAUUACAAAAUAUAUGCCUUUUGUUUGUUUUAUUUUUAUGAAAAUAUCUGGGCAUAAAUGCAGAGAGUAGGAUAAGUAGGGGAAAUUGAUGCUGUUGUGGGUAGUUGUUGCACAUAAAGUUCUGGAGUCAACCAGGAAAAAGAAACAGUGUGAAUUUACUUAGUUUGGGUAAAAGUUUCUCUCCUGUUGUCGUAACUUAAGAACAGUUCUUGCUUUUUUUCUGCUCUGGGGUUGACAACUUCAGCUGAUAAGAGUAGGAGUGGUAAGCAUCAGGGUCUAUGCAACUGAGCUAGAAGACUACUGCUCUCCUGGAAUCCUGGCAUGAGUGGAAUUGAUGGGAAGAGACUUAGCUAAGCUGAGCUAUGCUAACAAGCAGCCUGUUUUAUACACACCAAACUGCUUGUAUCCCUUGAUUAGCAGAGAUGAAACAAGAUAAAUUUUAAAGCAAGCCAUCCUCCCUCUUCAAGCCCUCUGGCAGCAAGGUUGUCAUGAGAGGUACUGGUGACACAGUUAAUUCAUUAUAUGUUUGUAGAAAAUCCAGGAAAUUUGAUAUUUCCUGGUUGUGUUGCCUAGUGGUAGUAAGGCCCUUUCCCUUUUUGUCAGGCACUUCUCUUGCCAGAUGAACUGUACUCUUUUGGCAUUUUUUGUGUAAAUCUAAAAUAAAGUUGUAAGAGUUUGCUGCUGGAGAGGAGGUGUUGAGACCAGAACGGAAGCAGUACAGGUCACUUCUAUAAUCCUAAAAGCUUCCAAAACUGACUGCAGUAAGAACCAGAGGGAUGCGUGUGAGGUAGUAGGUCUCAUCAGUCAAAAGCUUCAGUGACAGCACCUUCACCUGAGGACUCAUGCUCUGUGGAAGUAAUGACAGACACCUCUUCCACCUCCACUACAAAUGGCUGAGCGUACCUACUUAUUUCUCAGGCUUAAUAACCAACCCCAAGGGCCUGACCUACUGAGGUGAGGCUGAACUUGGUGUUCUGUGUUAUUAUGGAUCCCUCAACCAGGUGGGCCGAGGCACUGUGUGCUGCCUUUGUGGAGAGUUAUGAUGGAGUCAAUACACUGGAGCUUUGCCAUAUGGCACUGCUGCCUUACCUGUGCUUGGGUGUUUGUACUGGUUUCUUUCUUUACCAGUUCAUCAUUUUUUUUUCUCCCUUUCUGUACUUGCCUCCAUGUUUUCUGGGAUCUGACUUGUGGCUGUUGUUACAGAGACUCCAAGGCAGCAGUCAGAUCACGGCUUAUGGACUGUAACUUGUAACCCUAACCCCACCAAUUCCCAUUCCUGUUCACUAGCUCGCAUACAAAGGUAGGAGAAUCACACUAAUUUUCUUGUCUGAACACUCAUGGGUAGCACAGGCACCAAGCCAAUGACGCUUCUGGGACAGCAACAGCAGGCACAGAGAGGCUGAGAGCUUCUCUUCCUGGGUACAGAUUUGAGAGGAAAGAUAAGACAGCUUUCCAGAAUAGUGAACACCCACCAAGCUUGUGCUGGAUGAGGCAUUCAAAGAGGUGCAGCGUAGCAAAGCCUGGUACUGGAGCAGAUGGAGAGCUGAAUUGACAGUAAGUUACUGGGGAGAGGAGAUGGUGUUUGGAGGCCCUUCUCUGAUGUUACUUUUACCAUCCAGAUUCUUGGCUAGAAGUGGUACCAGGAGCUCUGUAGAAGAGUUGGUUUCAUCACAACCAAUAACAAAGUCAUUAGGUUGGUGCCUUUUGGUAUACAAACACCUGAAAAUUAUAAAGCUCUGUGCUUGCCUGUCUAUGAAUCUUAGUGGCACUUGGCAUUUUCUCAGCUGUUGCUUUGAGUGUAGUGCUUUACUACUCACUGUUCUCUGCUUUGCGUGCUGGCUGGCUGCUCUGCCAGGUUAACUGGGCUACCCUGUGCUUCUCAUCAAAUGUGUGUAUCAUCUCGUGGCCAUGAUCUACAGGACUAACAGACAGAAGCCACAAGAGUCUCUUGGAGAAAACCGCCUCAAACCCACUAAGACUGGGCACGUGCUACAGGAGUGUGAAGCUGCCAGACUUUGAUGCAAGCAUGAGGAGCAGUCACACGCACAGGGAAAGAUUUGCCUCUGGACUGAGCGCUUAUAAAGCUGCCCCCAUGUCUGUGGCUUAAAAAAGCUGUUACACAUGUAUUGUGUUCACUUGGGACGACCUAGCUGAGAAGCUGUAGCUCCAUGAACUGGGCAAGCCUGUUCUAGUAUACUGGUAAUUUUUUUUUGAUGGCUGAAGCUUAUGCCAUUGUUUUCGUUGGUACUGGUCCUGUCUUGGUGCAACUGCCAGUGUUACUGCUCACAUCCCAGCUGCAAAAUAGGCAUUGUGAGGCUCAGGCGUGGUGUUUUAUAGGUAUUGCAAGGAGAAGACACGUUCAGAGUCAGAUGUGAGCUUCCAGAGGAUGCAGAGUUGUGGAGCUGUGCAGAAUUCACCCUGUCCACUGAAUUGCUGUACUGUUGGUUAUAUGGUCCUGUUGAUGACAGUGUGUUUUCUCUGGUAUCAACCCAGCAGAGAUGCAGUCCCAUGGUGGAGGUGUAUGGUUGACUUGUGUUCUGUAUGGGACUUGUCAUCCAGUAUUGGGCCUAGCAAUGUUUGAAUCUUCCUGGUGUGAAAAUAGAAAUGAUUGGGUGGAGAACUGUCACAGCUUCUAACUGGAUGUUCAGCUUUGGUGCAGAGCAGGACUGUGAAAGAGCCUAUUGUAUUAAACAGUCCAGUGUAUUAAGACACAAAAAAGAAAAAUACACAUGCUAAUUCUCAUACAGAAAGAUCUUCACUAAGUCGUAUCUUCUGAAAUAGAAAGUCUGAGCUGAGCAGCUGUCUUUGCCGGGGAGAAGAGGAAUGUAUAAUGCCAUAGCAUCAGAGAAAAGACUCAGUAUUGUUAUCAGCCUUCACUCUUUGCCCAGGAACCACAGCCUCCAGGCAGCCGCCUGUCAGAACUUUCGGUGACCAUGUCCACCCUGCAGGAUGGUUUCUUCCUGCAGGACCUGCCUUGCGCUCACAAGCACUUUGUCUUCCGUCAGUGCCUUUCCCUGCUUAAGGUAUAGUUAAACAGAUGUUGCAAUUGACAGAACUUGUAGUGGAUCUAAAUGGGACUGUGAACACUUUGUCCUCUACUGAGAAACCUGUAAUGUGGUUCCAGCAGUCCUCCCAGUUGUGUCAGUUCCCAGAGCAUCAGUGGGGUUAGCUUUCUGUAUCUCAGGAUGCUUGAAUCAAAUGCCCACAGUGAGACUCAUUAUCAUGUAAAAUGGGCUGCAUUUACUGCAAGUGUAUCCGAAGCCAUUCCAGCAUUCUGCAUUGAUGUUUCAUAGUAGUGUCAGUUGAAUCAGGAUCCAUAUUAUUGUCUGUACUCAUCUGUUUCAGGCGUCCAGCAUCUAUGCAAACUGUCUGCUAUUAUUUCUUUACAUUAUGCAAUGAGCGUCUUUGCUGAUUUUUGUGAUUGUUUUGAGUCAGAAGUGCCUUUCUACAAGAAAGGUCUUAAGCAACACAUUUCUUCAGAAAUACUUCUAAGCUUAUGUGUUGUUUUUUUUAAGAAACAAGCUAUCCUGCUUGUUUGCUUGUGCAGGAUCUCAAGCUGGCAGGACUGUCUUUUUCUUCAGACUGGGCAUUGCUAGCCCUCUUUGAAUAUAGCAAAUUGUAUUGAAGUGUGUUCAGGAUACUUUACACUGAUUUCAUAUAGUAGGAGAUUUUUUUUUGUGUGUGUGUAUGUGCAUCAAGAGCCUAUUUUUGAUAGCAGACUGUAGGUAGUAAUGUGAUAUCUGGCUUUGUCCUGUUUUUUUGAACCAUAAUAAAAUUCAGAACUUUUGUUUGAAGUGUUACUCUACCAGCAGGGCUGAGCACGGAUGAGUGUAGGUGAUUUUGAGCAGCUCAGUAGCCAUCCUAGAUACGCAGCCAUAAUAAGGGAUUCGCUUAAAACAAGGCUCAAGUUCUGCUGCGUUCUCAAACUGUGUCCUGGCUAGGUCAGGACUCGAUCAGGGCUCAGUACUAUGUACUGAUGGUUGUGCAUUCGUCCAGUAUAAAGAUGGGUCUGAUGAAUCUGAGUGGUACACUCAAAACUGUGUUGCCUUUUCAUCCCAAUGACAGCACAAUUUAGAGGCUCGCCAGGACACCAGGGAAAGCAUUCUACUUCUGUAGCUUUCUGGAGUCCCUUGCUCUAAUGAAAUACUGCCAGUAAAAUAAAUAAUACAAAAAGAUGGAAUUUUGCCUAAUAGGCACAGUGUGUGCGCCCUCUCCUGUUACUUAGACUUCCCUGCACCUUCUCUGUGUUUAGUGUAUGGCAAGCAGCCUUCUCCUCCUCCCAAAGCCAUGGGCAGGCCGGCUGCAUGUCCUUUUCUAGUGCUGUGUCUCCCACCUUUGGGAGCAGCUUUCCUGUCCCAAGGUGUGGAGCCCAGCGGGCUGCCUGAUGAUCUCCUAAACCUUUGCCCCUGUAGCUCCACACCACAGAAGUGGUGUUGAGUCCCCAGAGGUGCUUGGGGAGCCUGUUCAGAGUUGCCAGCGUGCUUCUAUGACUCAUGGCUUUUUUCAAGCCUAAAUGCAACUUUCCAUUUGCUGCUACCUCUGGCACUGCUUCAUGCAACCCCACCUGCUGAAUGGAGUUUUUUUGUGUGCUUCCUGGCUCUUGCCUCCAGGCAUGACUUCGAAGCUCUCAUGGUCUCACUCUGUGUUCGGAUAUUGUUGCUGUCCUCUCCAAAACCUUUUCAGCUGCUGUUUGUGUUAGAAGCUACUCUGAAUGAAACUGUUUUGUAACUCUUGCUUCCAUUCUGCCUGGACUUGCCUUGAACAGCACUGGGGAUGCAAACCUAUUUGUGUACCUCUGACUCCUGCCUCAAAUCUCAGUCUUGCCCUACAGUGAGUUAACUCAGAGUUCAGGCUGUACAAGACCCAUGUUUACCCUUACAGGUCUGCAUGCUGUCUUCUAAAUCAGUGACAGUUGGGGUGUCUCAGUGUAAGCAGCCAGCACUUGGAGAGAUGCCUGAAGCCUGCUGGGGGACCUGGGAGUGUAAGGUCUAAUCAUAAUUCACCCCUCAAAGAUGCAGCAGAGGGGCUGAUCCGGCCCUACCCAGGGAGGCUGAAUUGGAAUUGCAGAAGUUCCGCUGUUUAAUGCAGCCCCAGAUUGUGUUAAUUUGGCAGCAAGCUAUGUUGCCCUUGCUUUUCCUCUGCGAAAUGACUGUACAGCUGCCUCUAUUUUAAGGGAAGAAAUUGUAGGAGAGUUCAGGUAAUCAGGCUCAUUCUCUCAAAGGAUUUAGGCAAAAAAAAAAAAAUGCUGUGUAUCUUUGCCUUUUAUUUCUUUUGGCUCUUCAGGAUAUAAAUAAUGAAUGUUGAAGAAGGACUUACCUGUCCCAUGCUGUGGAAUUAUCCCAGCCAUAAGUCCAAGCUGGGGACAGGGAAGAAGGGCGGCAGAGUGCCAGCCUUGAGUGGGGGUGAAGAGGGAAUGAAAAGUCUUGAAGAUGAGCAAGCAGCACCAGCAGCCUGUCUGGGAGAUGAAGAAGCCCUCAGACAUGCCAGAGCAAAGUCAGAAUUGGAGCUUGUUGCUGUGCUGAGCCUCCUGCUGUAAGAUACAGAGAGCGCACAGGAUGCAACUUCUGGGGCUUCCACAGAUACUGCCCUUCUCCAUGGUAUGAACGAAGAGUUCCCAUUUCUUCUCUUGCCCAGAGAACUGGCCCUGCAGCUUCACCACUUCGAGGUCAAUCUCAUAUCACUGUGACAUCAUCUGAGGACUCCAGCAAGUAGCUUAAGAGAAGUGGGAUCGUUGCUCUGCACCGCUGCCCUGAGUGUCCCUUGUCUGGGCACUGGAAUGUUCUGGAGGAGUGAGCCACGUGCACUCCUGGGUUGAGCUCUCAGAGUGUAGUAGUGGUGAUUCUUUGGAGGACUUAAGUCAGGUCAGGUUGGGCUUUGAGCACCCUGAUUUAGUGAAAGGUGUCCCUGCCUAUGGCAAGAUGAUUUUUAAAGGUCACAUCCAAGCCAACCUAUUCUGUGGUUCUGUGAUUUCUGCACACUAGUAGGGAGCUGUGAAUGAGCCAGCCUCUGGCCUGCAGGUCUCUGAAGCCAGUGUGGCCACCCAGGAACCUAACUGUAUUCUUUUUCUCUGACUUGCAGAAAGUGAUUCCAGAAGCCUGCACAGUUCCCAUAGUCCUUGAGGAGUCAAAGCUGUGAAGAAGAGGGGUGGCAGAGCUGGGAGAUGCGGGACACCCCCUGCCCUCAUUCUCACCUUUGCUACCUACACCAUCCUGUUACAUGUGAAUUCUGGCUGGGGGCGACUGGGAACUGCUUGUAGAGAAUGACAGAGUGAAACAAGAAGGGAGUUGCUCCCUUCAGUUAUACCUCUGCACCUUGCUGUUCUGGAGACUAUGCUGAGUGAGGGGAGAAGUCACUGCUCCCUUUCACCCCAUGUAUGCUUGGAAGAAAAGCACACAUGCUCAGAAAAGCCCCAGUUCCAGGGGAGUCCUGAGCAGGUGGGGGAGGCACCUUGCGUGAGGUCUGUGUCUCCUCUCCCAGGGAAGCAGUGACACAGAAUGCCGGUGCUGGACCAUGCUUACUGUGAGCAGCCCUGGGAGAGCUGUGACCUGGCACUCAGAAAGAGGGAUUGUGCUGAGUGCCUGUGAUGUCCUCUGAGUUACACAGGUGAUGAUAGGAGCUUCAGCACAACACCAAUCAAUCAAUGCAAAGCAGUGCAACUGCUGGGGCCAGUGUGGCUGUGGAUAAAGAUACACCUGGAAUUCACCUGAGUUGCUCUUAUGUUCCUAUAUAUUAGGAAUAAUUGAGAGAUACCAAUAUAUCUCCUACUAGAGGCAAGGUCUAGUGCUGUGAGCCCAGAUCAGCACUGCGCUAGCAGCAGGAGUAACUCAAAGCACAAGCUCUCAAGGCUGAGGAUCAUAUCUUCCUCAAUGAUGAAAUGCCUUUUGCAACUUUUGACACUACACAAAAGCCUUUGUGGACUAUUAGAUGACUUGUCAGGGCCGUGUUGCCCUGCACUGCUAUGGUGAGGUGUUUUCAGCAUAGUGGGAAUGACGAUUUGCUCUAGUAUGGAGGCUUCUGCUUUGUAACAGAAGCCUUCUUACCCACUGUUCUUCCUCAUUGGUACUGCCACUCUGUAUGCUGCUGUUUAUUAAAUUAACAAAUGUAGCCCCUCGAAACACUUUUCCUUCCUUUCCAGCAUCAUCCCUUGGUGGAGACAUGAGGUGUCCUUAUACCAAAAUCAUGCAGUUACACACAUAUGCCCUACUGGAAAGUAAAACACAAAUGGGGACUGGAUAAAAAUAGCCCUCUCUGAUGUGCUGUUUUUAACAACAACCACCAUGAAAUCAGUGAAAUUACACAAGUCUUUUGCAAAAAAAAAAAAAGUCCUUUUUUUGACAGUUUGGGAUUGAGGAUGUGGUCUAA